AUGAAGACCGGUACGCCGUCUCCUGGCGGCCCGCCGCCGACGUCGCUCUCGACAGCGACAUGCGCUUUCCAGGACGCCCUUGAGCUCCUUUGCAACCAACAACCUGCUGGAGGUCAUCUCGAAGCGUGGCUCAAAGACAAAUAUACCCAAGCUGAUGUCGAGAAGUCAAUUGAGGAAGCAAAAUGUCUGUACGAAGCCCGCUCCAACAGCAAGGCCCGAACAUGGCUGGGCAAGCUCUCCAGUGGCAUCCUAAGCUAUGGCAAGGUGAUGGACAUGCUAGCCCAACAUCAUCCCGAAUAUGUCUCCCUGGCUUGGGGAACUACUAAGCUCUUGUUCAUUCUCUUCCAACACCAUGACGAACUAGUCACCGAACUGGCGAAAUCAAUGGCCGAGAUAUCGGAUAUGCUGCCUCGCACGAACCAGUACCUCGCCAUAUACAACAGCCCUGUACUCCUGAAAAAAGCAGAGACAUUGUUCGGCCUUAUAAUUCAGCACUUCCAUGCUAUGAUCAAGUUCUAUCGAGAAGGCCGACUGAAGCACGCAUGGAAGGCCUUUAUUCACCCUUACAGCCUUCGCUUCAAAGCUCUCAAGGACGAGAUCGAUCAGUGCUCGCGAUCGAUUGAUCUUUGUGCGUUGGCGUCGCUUCACGUGAAUGUUCACGCCAUUGGCAAGGACCAGAUAGGACUCAAUGACAAAGUCGAUCUGAUCGACGAGAAGCUCAGUCUUCUGAUGUCGAGAAUCUUACAGAUACAGAAUGACACUGCUCUGCUCCCGUCAAUGAGCAUCUCCCAGAACCGGCUCGAAAUGUCCGACAUGAUGGCCAUGACAUCCGCCUCACAACUCAGUCCGCCAACAGAAGUCCUGCGACAUCGCCUUUCUUUCUCCCGACGAAACAUGGCACGUUAUAAGAUAGGUCUCAAGACUAUAUGGUCUGCCCCCGCCCUAAGAGCCUGGAGCACAUCACCAAAUUCCAGGGCGAUCAUGGUCCAAGGCUCCUGGUUUUCCCGAAACGAGACCAACGCGAUGGGAACGCAUAUGACUGAAUUCGUGCGCCAAUCAGACUGCACUUGUCUAUGGGCCUUGCAACACAUGACGGAGUCCAAGAAGACCAAGGGGACCUGGACGCAGGUCUUGAAGUACCUCGCCAUGCAAGCUCUGCAGCGCAAUAGCGAUGCUAUCUCGAAGAGCCUGAACAACGACUUCAACUCACUGGUCGUUGCGAGCGCAGUCAGCGACCAGCAAUGGGAAGCGAUCCUGCUUCGAGCUUUGAGCGGAUCCGGUGCUGCUUAUUUGGUGAUCGACCUCGCGGUACUGGAAGCUUUAGAGUUGACCGAGUUGGAGGCCAUAUUGCAGAGUGUCGUCCGCUUGACGUCGGCCAGCAGCAACGAACCCGGCAGUAGCACCGUCAAAAUCGCUAUUCUGGGAUCUGCAAGGAUGAAUACUGCUUCCUUAACCGGGUUUCAUAGACUGGAGAUGGAUCGCUUUCUUCGGCGUGGACGAAACGUCGGACAAGGCCGGCAUACGAAUGCUGCCAAAGGUCGGGUCCCGUUGAAAUUCCAUGUCUCCAAAACUUAA